ACUGCCUUUCUUCGAUACUAAGGUGCUCAGAAAUCAUUAUUUCACUUGUUUGAUAUGAGCAACGACGUUAAAGGAGGUCCUCAUAAUAAUCCUACCAAGAUGCCCCUUUAUACAGCUUCAAAUGGUUGCCCAGUCAUGAAACCGGAGGGAUCUCAAAGAGACGGAAAGCAUCUUUUGCUAAAGGAUUUUCAUCUGAUUGAUCUGUUGUCACAUUUCAAUCGUGAAAAAAUUCCAGAACGAGUCGUGCAUGCAAAGGGUGCCGGUGCAUAUGGAGAGUUCGAGGUCACCCACGAUAUCUCUGACAUUUGCAACAUCGACAUGUUACUAGGGGUCGGGAAGAAGACUCCUUGUGUCGCCCGGUUUUCGACAACCGGUCUCGAGCGAGGAUCUGCCGAAUCAGUUCGCGAUCCCAAAGGGAUGGCAAUCAAGUUCUUCACGGAGCAGGGCAACUGGGAUUGGGUGUGUUUGAACAUUCCCAUGUUCUUCAUCCGCGACCCCAUUAAGUUUCCUGGCAUGAUGCAUGCUCAGAGACGAGAUACACAGACCAAUCUUAUAAACCCCAAUAUGUGGUGGGAUUGGGUCUGUAACAAUCACGAAUCGCUACAUAUGGUACUUUGGCUUUAUAGCGAGUUCGGCACCAUGUUCAACUACCGUAGCAUGAGCGGAUACGUGGGCCAUGCCUAUAAAUGGGUCCUACCCGAUGGUAGUUGGAAAUAUGUUCAUUUCUUCCUUUCCUCAGACUCCGGGCCCAAUUUUACCACAGGCGAGAAGAUCCAGACCGCGUCCCCGAUCGAUCCAGAUUCUGCUACAAGAGAUCUUUAUGAAGCGAUCGAAAGAGGGGAGUACCCGACUUGGACAGCAAACGUCCAGGUGGUUGACCCCAAGGACGCAGACAAGCUUGGCUUUGAUAUUCUUGAUCUCACCAAGCAUUGGAACCUGGGCAAUUACCCUCGGGAUAUCAAUGUCAUUCCAUCUCGCCCAUUUGGAAAACUGACCCUGAAACGCAACCCGGCAAAUUACUUCGCCGAAAUCGAGCAAUUAGCAUUCUCGCCUUCGCAUCUCGUCCCCGGCGUCGAACCGUCUGAAGAUCCCGUCUUGCAAGCCCGUAUGUUUGCAUAUCCUGAUGCUCAAAGGUAUCGCCUUGGAGUGAACAACCAGCAGUUACCAGCUAAUCGGUCCAAAUGUACUUUCAACCCCCUUCUUAGGGAUGGGGCGGCAACAAGCACUACCAAUUACGGUAGUCUUCCAGGAUAUCUAUCGGACUGUAACCUCAUGACAUUCAACCAGCCAAAAGAGCCCGAUACAGAGUUUGAUUCUUGGGUGGCUAAGGUAUCUUCUAAAGCAUGGCUGGAGGUAAAUGAACAGGACUAUAAGUUCCCUAGGGAAUUCUGGGAGGUAUUGCCCACGUUACGAAGCCCCGAGUUCCAAAAUAGCCUCGUCGAGAACAUGGCACUAUCCGUGGCACAGACACACCGGGAGAUCAGGGAGAAGGUUUAUGGUACCCUGGGACUAAUUGCUACCGACCUAUCAGAGCAUGUUCGCGAAGCUACAGAGAAGCUGAUUAAGGACAAAGUUGUGAUUCCUCGAGGGAAGCCGGGGUCUUUGAAAUUGUAACCAGUACUAGAAGUAAGCUUUUGUGGAUGCCAAUGGAGCUUAGGGGCUGCUGGAAGUACAGUUACUAAUCGUGGGAGAGCUGUAGUCUUAUGCCAACUAAAGGAAUAGCAGUAGGUACUUUGGCAGAAAUUGAAACAUUAGAUAGGUACCUCUGUAUAAACUCG